CCUCCCCGAACCCAACCAGAACCAACGCCACUCCACCACCACAACCGCGCCUCCCCCCAAGGAUUCCCUCGGAUACCUUCCCUCCCCCUCCCCUCCCCAGCUCCAGCUCCGCCCCCACGCCGCGCCGUCGCGGCCCGGCCACGGCCAUUGGCCUCCCUCCUCCCCUCCCCGUCGCCCUUCGGCCGGCCUCCGUCUCCCCCGCGGAAUAUGAAACUAAGGACAAAACGACCUGGAUGGAAGUCCCUUGUGCCUCUGCAGUUGAGCAGGAAAUCCACCAUGCGCUUCUUUCUGUUUCCCAAGGUUCAGGCAUCCGGUCAAUCCCCAAAUGAUACCCCGGUUUAUCUUAAUGUGUAUGAUUUGACACCCAUGAAUGGCUACAUAUAUUGGGCAGGCCUUGGUAUAUUUCACUCUGGGAUUGAAGUUCAUGGCGUCGAAUAUGCAUUUGGAGCACAUGAUUAUCCCACAAGCGGGGUAUUUGAGGUAGAACCUCGUCAAUGCCCUGGUUUCAGAUUCAGGAGGUCAAUAUUUCUUGGUACGACGUGCUUAGAUCCCAUCCAAGUUAGGCAGUUCAUGGAGCUGCAGUCAGUAAACUACAAUGGAGAUUCUUACCAUCUUAUCAUGAAGAAUUGCAACCACUUUUGCAAGGAUAUGUGUUACAAAUUGACCGGCAGCAAAAUUCCGAAAUGGGUGAAUCGGCUCGCCAGAAUAGGUGCCAUCUGCAACUGCCUCCUCCCGGAGUCUCUGAAGAUCUCCCCGGUCGGCCAUGAUCCAAACAGCCAGCCUGAGGAUUCGGAGAAACGCCGCCUGCGAAACCCGUUGAGCUGCUUCUCCUCCAUCUCGAGCCAGAGAGCGCUUCCCCCGUCUUCUUCCCCUUUUCCCCCAUCGCCCGUGAAAGAGCCCAUUCCGAGCUCUUCAUCGAGGAAAUCCAGCACCGCGUCGUUCAAGAGUAGGUAGCCCGUGUAACUUUUGAACCAGCUGGCUAAUUCGGGCAGCGGCGCAUCUGGACGGUGCCAGUUAAUUUUUCUCCUUCUCUCUCUCGGUGUCAGCCUAAUGCUUGCUUGUUGAUGUUGUUGUUGUUGUUGUAUCAUGUGAUGUAAUCCCCGUGAAAAGAGUGGCUACAGACAGACGUGAUUUGGGUGAGCGAAUUCACCUCGAUUCCACCCGCUCCCUCCCUGUACUCGUGAUAGACUGUCGGCCAGAUUGGAUUUGUAUAUUAGUCUCCUCUAUUCAUUCAGUUCA